UUUCAUAACGUUCGGUACGCAUUCAUGUUUAAUCACACGGUUCUUUUUUAUAUGUACAUAGCGGCUGAAAGGGAUAACCGAAUACCUACACAGUAAACAAAUAUGAUGCUUAACGGCAUAAGUCAGUAUAAAAUUUUCAAUUAAUUCUCUAAAAUUUAAAAAAAAGCAAAGUGAAUAUUAUUGUUAAGAAAAGUAUUGCAUCUCAGUUAUAUGUAGAAUCGUUCAUAAUACUUAAAUUUUUUAAAUUACAUAUAUUCCCAUCUACUUGUUAGACCUAAAAAGUUAAAUUCAAACUAAUUAAACGCACUCACAUGCAUAUGUAUGUGUAAUUAAAUAUUCACACACUCACAAAUAUUCGGGCAAGUGUGUCUGUGUAUGUAUGCAUUAUUGUGUUCUAAAAACAUCUAAAAAAUAAUAACUAUAACCACUAUUGGAUUGACACAGAUACGUACUGCACUAAGUGCAUACAUCGAUGUAAAUAUCUACCAAGAUACACAUAUGCAUUAAAAAGAAAGUAAAAAAAUAUGAAAAUAAAUAAAACCCUUUGGUUAAAGUGAUAGUGAUGCCAGGUGAUGUUUUUAAUCUUUUCACUCUACACAUGAGUGCGAGUGAAUAUUUAUUUUACACUGUUGUGUCUGUUGAACUCAUAAAGUAUUUGAUGUACUGGUGAAACACAUGCCACGCAUACCAAAACUUCCACAAAUGGUCAUUAUUUACCAUUCACCUUUAGUGUGGUAAAACGUUGUUAAAAUCUCACACAUAUGGAACGAAGGAAUUUAUUUGUGAACGUAUGUAUGUAUGCAUAUAUGUAAGUGAUUGAAUGUGUGUCUGAAUGUGCAUACAAAUUCAGAUAAUUUGUACCAGUAUAAACAUACAAACAGUUACAUUUGAGUAUGGAUUUGUGUUCUUAAGUGUAAAAUACUUGCAAAAUCAUUCGAAGAUAUGUUGUUGUUAUAAAAACAAUCAGUAAAGAAGAAAACAGAAACAAAACGUGCAUACUAAGUGUAAAAUAAAAAGCGGAAAAUAUUAAAUAAAGAUUUUCUAUACAAAAAUCAUAACGUGCAUUGGAUUAAUAAUAAUUUCAAACAACACAAAAAGUGACUGCGAAAUAUAGUCGAAAACCGAAACAAAGAUUUCAAUAUAAUUCAAGAGCUUAAAGCAACAAUCUAUUAAGUGAUAUAUGAUCACUGCAACUAAGGCUUAACAGCUGGUAUACAUAUAUUUUUCUUAAAAAACAAAAAUAUCGUACAAAUAUUUUGACAUAAAGCUUUUGGACUUAUGCCCUUUUCAAGCUGAAUUUGUAAAAACUUUUACAAUCUUCAUACAAUUUCUGUGUAAAAUGUGGUUGGAAAGAUAAUUUCAUAUGAACCACUGCGUCACCAAUUGAAGUAGUUCGAUGGCUCUAAUUUUCCCCGGAAUGCAUUUUUAUACAUAACCCAAAGUACAACAGCAGAUAAGGUUCAACCGAUAUUCAAUACAUGAUCAGUUAUUCGAAAAAACAGGUGAAUAGCUGACUAGUUGUUUGAAAAAAUAAUUCCUAAAUUAAUGCCAACGUUUUAAAUACAAAAUAUAUUCAAAAAAAAUAUUUAAGAAAAAUCCUGACACUAAAAUGAUUGGACGAAGAAAAUAUUAUCAUUGGUUUAAUUGGUUUGUAGCUGUUUGGAUUAUUAUUUCUGAUAUCAGUUUAAAUGCUGAUUGUCUAAAAGACUUGAAAAUUUUCGUGCCAGAUGCCGUAAUUAUGGGAAACGCUGCAACAUUGUCAUGUCAGUAUGAUCUGGAACAGGCGGCCUUGUAUUCAGUGCGUUGGUAUUUUGGUACGGAGGAAUUCUAUCGUUACGUGCCAAAGGAGUCACCGCCUACACUAGUGUUUCCCGUGUCUGGAAUUAAUGUUGAUUUGACAAAUUCUGAUGCCACUUCUGUUACUCUUAAGGGAGUUACACGUGAAUUGACCGGAAAUUAUCAAUGCGAAGUAUCAGAAGAUGCUCCGCUUUUUCACACCGAUAUACGAUCUGCUCAUAUGCAGGUAAUUGAACUGCCUAAAGAUGAUCCCACCAUGCAAGUAGAUAAGAAAGUCAUAACGGCAAAUGACAACUUUAAGGCCGUUUGUACGAUUGGUCCUUCAUAUCCGUCAGCAAAUAUAACUUGGUAUAUUAAUGGAAGAAAGGUUUAUAAAACACCAUUCCAACGAAUUACGCAGGAUACAUAUGAGGGAUCAGCGACAUAUUCCUCCCUGGAAAUUUAUCCACACAGCCAGGUGCUGCAGGGCUUUUUCCAAGCCGUUCCCAAAUAUCAAACUAGCAUUCUUCUACUGUGCGAAGUGUCGAUAUUACAUGUCUUUCAUAAAAAUGUACAACAGCGUUUAAUGCUAAGUAUAGGGCCGCCCACAACAAUUUCACCAAAUCUCUUGGGGCUCGAGGGUUCAAAACGUUUAAAUGGUGAUCCAGACAAUUCCGCCUUAACGGGAGGAGCUACUAGAAUAGCAACAACAAUAACACUAACAACACAAUUGGCAGCAACAACAAAUAUACUUUUGCCGGUGGCAUUUGUGUUUAUGUGUUUCCUCUGCAGCAGCAGUUGGAGUCAUAGUGUAUCAGCGAUUGCUGCGCACCGACAACGACAUCGGCGUCAACUGUGACCAAAUGGUCAUAAUUGUUUAUAAAUGUUUAACAAUAUAAAAGCAACAACAACUGUACUCUGUUUUUUUGUUGUAUUGAAUAAAUAAAUAAAAAAAUAAAUUAAAUUAAAUUCAUAACAAAAGAAAACCAUAGAAAUAGGUAAAACACAAACGCUCAAAUAUACACAGACAUACACACACACACACACAAAAUAAAAUAUUGAAACAAUAUGCAAAUAAAUAGAUUAAAUUGUGAGAAAAACUUAAAUAAAUAAUAAACAUUAAACAAUAAGAGGGAGAUUGAAAAUUAGUGAGAUAAUUUUUAUUUAUGUUGUUUGAUAAACAAAACAAAAAAUUAAUUAAUAUUAAAAAUAAUAUUAUUAAUAUUUUACGUAUUAAAAUAUAAAAUUGUUUAAUUAAUUUUUAUACAUAAUUUGUAAAGAACGAAACAAAAAAUAAAAUAAUCAAAAACAAAGUAAUUAUGUUAAUUCAACAAGUGAUUAAAAAAUGUAUUUGGAAAAAAUAUAUAAAUACAUACAUAUGUAUGUAUGUAUAUGUAUAUACAUACAUAUGUAUAUAGAUCGACUUUCUAAAUACAUAAAAGCAGAUUGUAGCAAUCGAAAUCUUUGACUCUUUUCUGAUAAAUCAUCUUAUUCUACAUUUUCUAAUAAUAAAUAUAAUUUUAUUAGAAAAAUUACAAUAGUUCAAAAAUUAAUUAUUUCCGGAAUUUUGAAAUAUAUUAAAAAUUCUAUUUUGAAUGGAAUUUCCAAAAAUAUAUAUUUUCUUUAAACAUUUUCAUAUAAAGAGGCAAAAUUAAAAUUAUAAAUUUACCGUAUUAAUAGAAUAAAGAUAACUUUGUUUUAUAACCACCUAAACUCAUAGUAAAAUAUCCACAUCGUUUUAAUAUUUACACUAUGUAAAUUGCAGUUUCCAAAUUAAAAAUAUAUAUAGUAUAUAUUUUACUGUUAUCCAGCCUUGUUUAAGAUUCUUGCAUAAAGUAGGGUGUUGAAUUAAUUAAAAUAAUAAAAAGCAACAACCGUCUGCCAUAAAACAAUUUAACAAAAUAAAAUUCAAUUUCCAUUAGAAAAUUGUGUCAAAUUGUAAAAAACAACAAUUGAAGAGUGAAAAACAUAAAAAACAAACAAUUAGAACUAAUUAAAUUACAACUUAAAUAAAAUAAUAAAUAUAAAAUUUCCAAGGCAAAAUAAAUUAAAAAUAAAUAAUUAAAAAGAUAAUAAAAACUAAAUUAGAAUACAUAUGAAUGUACAUAUGUAUAAGCUUUCUAUGUAUAUACAUAUAAAAUAAAUAAUUAAUUUGUAAAAAAAAAAACCUAAACACACACAAACAUACAUUAAUUAAUCGAUACAUUGAUUAUAUAACUCAAUCAAAUACACAUACAUUCAUACAAGAAACGAUUCUAAUACCAAAUUCUAUAAGUUUUUACAUAAGAACAAGAAAUAACAAUUUUGUUUUAUAAGAAAAUUUGUAAAAAAAACUAAAUAAAUAAAAUAAGCAAAUUUAUUUUAAG